AUGCGUGAGGUUCACGAGGGGGUCUGUGGUACCCACGCCGGAGGCCUCUCAUUGGCACGAAAAAUACUUAGGAGCGGGUAUUAUUGGAUGACCAUGGAGAGAGAUUGCAUUGACUUCGCUCGAAAGUGCCAUAAGUGCCAAGUUUAUGGUGAUCGAAUCCAAGUCCAACCGGCCCCACUUCAUGUUCUCUCCCACCUUGGCCCUUUUCAGCCUGGGGCAUGGAUAAGUCGCCUCAUACUCCAGUGUCACACAGAAUGUGGUAAGUCGUUUCAUCAGAAGAGUGUUGAUCUACCGACCACAGAUGAAUGGGCGGUGGAAGCAGCCAACAAAAACAUUAAGAACAUUUUGGAGAAGAUGACAGAAACUUACAGAGAUUGGCAUGACAAGCUUCCCUUCACCCUGAUGGCUUACAGGACUACGCCCAGAACCUCCACGGGCGCUACUCCCUUCUCUUUGGUGUACGGAAUGGAGGCAGUGGUCCCUAUAGAAGUUGAGAUCCGAUCUCUAAGAGUUCUGAAAGAAGUAGAGUUGGCUGAGGCAGAGUGGGUACAAUCUCGGUAUGACCAGUUAAACUUGAUCGAGGAGAAAAGGAUGGCUGCCAUAGCCCAUGGACAAUUGUACCAAAGAAGGAUGAUGAGAGCGUUUAACCGAAAAGUGUGGCCCCGACAGUUUCAGGAGGGGGACCUAAUACUGAAAAAGAUUUUACCGAUUCAUACGAACCCUCGUGGCAAGUGGACACCAAACUAUGAAGGACCUUACAUGGUAAAGAAGGCAUUCUCAUGA